AAAGACGCAGAAUAGAACCAAAGAAUGGAGAUAUGGUUAUUCAUCUUGGCCUCUCUCUCCGUAUCUCUCCUUCUCCAUCUUCUCCUCCGCCGCCGCAACUCCUCCUCCCCUCCGCUACCUCCUGACCCCAACUUCUUACCUUUCCUCGGAACCCUCCAGUGGCUCCGGGAAGGGUUAGGUGGCCUCGAAUCUUAUCUCCGCUCCGUCCACCACCGUCUAGGCCCCAUCGUUACCCUCCGCAUCACUUCCCGCCCCGCCAUAUUUGUUGCCGACCGUUCCCUUACUCACGAGGCUCUCGUCCUGAACGGCGCCGUCUAUGCAGACCGUCCACCACCAGCUGUAGUCAGCAAGAUAGUUGACAAACACAACAUCAGCUCAGGGUCAUACGGAGCAACGUGGCGGCUUCUCCGUCGAAACAUCACCUCUGAGAUUCUUCACCCCUCGCGUGUGCGAUCUUACUCCCACGCCCGUCACUGGGUUCUUGAGAUCCUCUUUGACCGGUUCCGUAACCACGGAGGUGAACAACCGAUCGUCCUCAUCCACCAUCUCCACUAUGCAAUGUUUGCGCUUCUUGUCCUCAUGUGUUUCGGAGACAAGCUCGAUGAGAAGCAGAUCAAACAAGUGGAAUUCAUUCAAAGACUUCAGCUCCUUAGCUUGUCUAGAUUUAACAUCUUCAACAUUUGGCCUAAGUUCACCAAAUUGAUUCUACGAAAGAGAUGGCAAGAAUUUCUCCAGAUUCGGAGACAGCAGCGGGACGUUUUGCUUCCGCUGAUUCGUGCCCGGAUGAAGAUCGUGGAAGAGAGGCAGAGAUCGGAGGAAGAAGACAACAAAGACUAUGUGCAAUCAUAUGUUGAUACCUUGCUCGAUCUAGAGCUUCCAGAGGAGAAGAGGAAGCUCAACGAGGAAGACAUCAUGAACUUGUGCUCGGAGUUUCUCACUGCCGGAACUGACACAACGGCCACCGCGCUGCAAUGGAUCAUGGCCAACCUCGUGAAAUAUCCAGAAAUACAAGAGAGACUACACGAGGAGAUCAAAAGCGUAGUGGGGGAAGAAGCAAAGGAGGUGGAGGAAGAAGAUGUGGAGAACAUGCCGUAUCUAAAGGCUGUGGUGUUGGAGGGACUACGGCGACACCCUCCGGGACACUUUUUGCUCCCGCAUAGUGUCACGGAGGAUACUGUAUUGGGAGGGUACAAAGUACCGAAGAAUGGGACGAUCAACUUCAUGGUUGCAGAGAUAGGGAGGGAUCCAGCGGAGUGGGAAGAACCAAUGGCGUUUAAGCCAGAGAGGUUUAUGGGAGAAGACGAAGCGGUGGACCUAACCGGAAGUAGAGGGAUAAAGAUGAUGCCGUUCGGAGCAGGAAGGAGGAUAUGUCCGGGUAUAGGGCUAGCUCUGUUGCAUCUCGAGUACUAUGUCGCCAAUAUGGUCAGAGAGUUCCAAUGGAAAGAGGUCGAAGGUUACGAAGUUGACUUGACGGAGAAGCUUGAGUUUACAGUCGUCAUGAAGCAUCCGCUUAAGGCUUUUGCUGUUCCUAGGAGAAGUCACUAGUCUUCUACUUCUUUUCUUUGGUUUAGGGUACUAGUCGUCCUCUGUUUCUUUUCUUCGGUUUAAUAUUCAAAAUGUGUGAACUCUGUUUGGUGGAGUCAACUAUGGAACUAGAUUUUAAGUAUAGUACAUUCUAUACGUUGGAAUAAAUCAUGCUGACCGUU